AGGGCUUAGGCUGAACUGAACCCCAGCGAGCAGCGACCCAGCGACCGAGGCGGCGGCGGCGUGAUGCAGUUCCUCCGAAGCGGCGGCGGCGGCGGGGGUGGCGGCGGGUUCGGAGGGGCCGCGUGGGAGGUGGUGCGGCGGCACUUCUCUAGGAAGCGCUCGGUGGAUGUGCGGCGCAUCAACCCCAAGGUGCCCAAGGAGGAGGCUGUCGCCAUCUCCGGCCGCCUCCUCCAGAUCCUCUCCGACCACGGGCCCCUCACCGUCGGCAACACAUGGAACCACGCCAAGGAUGCUGGUAUUAGUGGCCUGAACAGCAAGACUCACAUGAAGAUCUUGCUGAAAUGGAUGACAGGAAGGAGGAUUGUUAAGCUGUCAUGCGUGCAGGUCGGCAACGUGAAGAAAUUUCUGUACUCCCAGUACACAGAAAGCUCCGAGGCACCUAAGGAGGCCAGCUCUUCAUCAGCGCUGCAAGAGGCCUCCGCCCAAGGAGGGAAAGGGAAAGCCACACGAGGGCAGCCGAAGAAGAAGCAGGCUGCAGCUUUGCACUGAUCAUCAGUGAGCAGAGCGGGCAGGACAUGUUUGAUGUUACGCUUUUUGGGGAUUUUGCUUCCGUUUCCUGGAGCAAAGGAAGGUUUUGCCUUGAUCAUGUCAUCCAAAAUAGAAAUAGAAACGCGAUGGACCUUUGAAGCAGUGUGUUGUAGUAGGACACUUUUGAGCGAUGUUAGGCGAAUUAUGGGCUGCCAAAGCAUUUGUGAACUGGAAUAAUUUGUAACCAUCUCGAGAUCAUGCUGUGCGAUUCGUAUGUUUCAGGUUGUCCUCAAUUCUUAACGGGUAACGUGGAUUGGAUCCUAUUCCUA